AUGGCCAACGAUAUCUCUUCGCAACCCUUCAGGUAUCACCUUCUGUGUGUCCAACAGAUUCAGCUAUCAACCCCCUCACCCCCAACCUUCCACCACCCGAACCUUCAGACAACCCUCCCUUACCAAUCCCAAUGCACCCAACUAGCAAAAGCGAAGCUGAUCCCUUGCCUCGAGGCUCCAGUCAUCCCACCUACAGGUCCUGAUGAAGCCUCGACCAGCUUGCUUGACCCACGCCCAGAACUCACAACUCAUGAUCAAUCAUCAGCCUCUCAUCCCAAAGAGGUAGCAGCCGCCACUGGUCAAUGUGAAAAACAGUCUGUUUAA